CAGAAACAUGAAGAAGUUUUGGAACUUGUGAACCCUUUUUACCAGCUCUGUCAAGAACUGCUAAGUGUCCCAGAGCUCUGCUCCUAGUAACAGAUGAUGAGUCAUCCGGUGCAGCCAAUCAGAAAUUAGAAAGUGAGACUGGGUUUUUCCCUGUCGUCUGCUUUCAGUUCCCUCAGACCCGCUUCUUUCAGAAAGGUUAAGUUACUCUGACAGAAGUCACUGCCAUUUGGAAACAGCUCGUCUGCAGGAAGGUUCUGCUGUAAUUCUUAAAGAUGACUGACAUUGACACCCCAACCCAGCCUCUGGUUGGAGCCUCCAACCACACCGCCGUCGAUGUUGGGGCCCCGGAAGAGCGCCCCCGCUCAUCCCGGGCCUAUAAAGUGGCGGGAUUCACUCUUCUAGCCUGUGUUCUGAUCGUGGGUCAAGCAGCAAUCGCCUACUUUCUCCUCAGCCAGAACAGUGACAUCAAAUCUCUGCAGGAAGACAACAACAAAAUGAAGACGCAGCUGACAAACGGCAAAUCCGCCGCUAUGCCUGCACGGAUGCACAUGUCUAUGAACACCUUCAGCGAUGUGAUUGCUGACUCCAUGGAGAAGAACAUUCCAGCCGGAGUUCCAGAGAAAACCGAUGCUCCCCUCACCGCCUGCCAGCAGGAGGCUGCAGGUCUGAAGACAGUGUCGGUGCCAGGCUUCCGGCCCAGCUGUGAUAGUCGAGGACAGUACAUGCCUCAGCAGUGCUUUAAGACUCUGUGCUGGUGUGUGAACCCUGUCAACGGAGAGCAGAUCCAAGGAUCUGAGGGAUCAAACCACUGUUCCACUCGUGUCUUUUCUGGCAGCAUGAUGCCUUUGGCUAUGAUGGAUGUCGAGAACUGAGGACCUUGACAGCAAUAUACACUUUUUCAACCUUAUUUUAACCAUUUUUGAUGUACUUCAAAAGAAAGGCAAACCUUUUUAAUCACUCUAUUGGCUUAUUUCUCUUUCUGAAAUGUAUCUAUUAAGUCUUUGUAAACAGCAUCUUUUAUCACCUCUUAAAAUCAAUAAAUUAAAGCGUUUAUGGUUGCAAACAUG